CCGCGCGUGGCUCCUAGGGAAGCUCUUCUGAGCAGCUCCGUAGCCGACCCCGCUCCCUGGUCGAUAUGAGCCGCUACCUGCUGCCGCUGUCCGUGCUGGGCACAGCGGUGGGUGGCGCCGUGCUGCUCAAGGACUAUGUUGCUGGCGGGGCUUGCCCCAGCAAAGCCACUAUACCUGGAAAGACAGUCAUUGUGACAGGCGCCAACACGGGCAUCGGAAAACAAACUGCCUUGGAACUGGCCAAAAGAGGAGGCAACAUCAUCCUGGCCUGUCGAGAUAUGGAGAAAUGUGAAGCAGCGGCAAAGGACAUUCGCAGGGAGACCCUGAACCACCGUGUCAAUGCCCGACACCUGGACUUGGCUUCCCUCAAGUCCAUCCGAGAGUUUGCCUUGAGGAUCAUUGAAGAGGAGGAACGAGUGGAUAUUUUGGUCAACAAUGCAGCUGUGAUGCGGUGCCCACACUGGACCACUGAGGACGGCUUUGAGAUGCAGUUUGGUGUCAACCACCUAGGUCACUUUCUCUUGACAAACUUGCUGCUGGACAAGCUGAAAACCUCGGCUCCUUCGCGGAUCAUCAACCUGUCAUCCUUGGCCCACAUUGCUGGGCACAUAGACUUCGAUGAUUUGAACUGGCAGAAGAAGAAGUAUGACACCAAAGCAGCCUACUGCCAGAGCAAGCUGGCCGUUGUCCUCUUCACCAAAGAGCUGAGCUGGCGGCUGCAAGGCACGGGGGUGACUGUGAAUGCUCUGCACCCCGGCGUGGCCAGGACAGAGCUGGGAAGACACACUGGCAUGCACAGCUCCACCUUCUCCAGUUUCACACUCGGACCCAUCUUCUGGCUGCUGGUUAAGAGCCCCCAGCUGGCAGCCCAGUCCAGCACGUACCUGGCCGUGGCAGAGGAAUUGGAGGGUGUUUCAGGAAAGUACUUUGAUGGACUCAAAGAGAAGUCUCCAGCCCCAGAGGCUGAAGAUGAGGAGGUAGCACACAGGCUUUGGGCUGAAAGCGCCCGCUUGGUGGGCUUGGAUAUGUCUCAAGGGUUCUCUGUGAGGGAACAGUCCCUCCCCAAAUAACGUCUGGAGCAGGUUUGAAAGCCACCUGGGAGGCCACAUUUCCAGAAUGAAGGCACAAAACCAACAAAUUCUGUCUGCCACGUCCUCAUCACCCUCUAGAGGGCAGUGUUGGCACCACGUGAACCUCAAGACCAAAGACUACUGGAUACCAAGUCACCUAGGUGGCUGUAUUUGCACCAUAAAGACCUCAAGACCAAAAACUGCUGGCUGCCACACUUUCAUCACCCUGUAGGGGGCAGUGGUGGCACCAUAAGGGCCUCAAGACCACGGAACACUGGCUGCCACACCUUCACCACUCUCUAGGGGUAGUAUUGGCACCAUGUGAUCCUCAAGACCGAGGACAGCUGGCUGCCACGCCCACAGUUCAGUCUAUGGGAUAGUAUGGACCCCUUUGCUCGCUCGCUCUGCUGGCCACAGUGGAUUGGAUUGCAGGUGCACACCUGACCCAUGGGCUGGCAGGUAUGACGUGCCCUGUUGCUAACAGGUGAGCUGGGCCAUCAGAUGCCUCCCUUGGCGAUCUAAACUGGGAAUGCAGAGGGAGGAGUCAGUUCCCCCUCCUCUCAGAGCCUUGAUUUCUCCGACUGUAAAAUGCGUGAAUGGAUGCAUACUACCUCAUGAAUGGUGUGGCAGUCACCCAGCUAUUGCCUGGCUCAGUGAGUAGCAGCUGCACAUUCCUUGCCAGUGAAUGUUUACUAAGGACUGUUGUGCCAGACACUGGCCGAUGUGUUGGGGAUGACACAGACCUGACCUUCUUAGCACCAGUUCAUGCUCUGGACAGGUGGGGUGAAAACCUCACCAGCUGCUGCUGCUGCUGAGGACCCAGGAUUGCCAGGGAUUAGGGCCUUUCCUCCAAUUCCUGCAGUAAUUUAAAUUGCAGAUUUUCAAACUCGCUCUUUAAUAAUAAUAAUAAUAAAAA